AUCUUUUCUAUAUUAUUGCGAUUUCGUCAGUAUAAAUACGUCGUUUGUGCUGAUAUCGAGAAAAUGUAUAGACAGGUUCUCAUUCAACCUGAUCAAAGGUCAUUGCAGCUAAUUGUCUGGCGCGACUCGCCGGAGGCUCCCCUAGGAGUCUAUCAUUUGAACACCGUGACUUAUGGGACGGCCUCAGCGGCCUAUCUGAGUAUGCGCUGUUUACGUCAGUUAGCGUCGGAAUGCGGUGAUGACGUCAUCGCUCGCGUCAUCAAUGAAGACUUUCUGGUAGACGAUUUAAUUACCGGUUGUGAUGAUUAUCAACAGCUACAUAGUAUUUGCGAAAAAACGUAUCAAGUAUUAGAAGCUGCCGGAUUCAUACUUAGAAAAUGGACUUUUAAUUCAAAAUUUUCAGAAAAUAGUUCAACUGAAAUGUUUAUGGGAGAACAUACUCAGAGUAAAACGCUAGGGUUAGGUUGGCUAAACACGACAGAUGAACUGCACUUCACAACAAAGGUUGAGAAUGCACCUAGGUUGACUAAACGAGUCAUGUUAUCGAUUAUAUCACAGAUUUAUGACCCAUUAGGUUUAUUAGCGCCAGCAGUAAUUAUUUCCAAAAUUCUUAUUCAGAAAUUGUGGCUUUGUAAGAUAGAUUGGGAAGAUGCCGUACCAGAUAGCAUAGUUAAAACUUGGAACAGUUUCAUACAGACGUUGAGUACUUUAGUAGAAUUGAGAGUUCCUCGUUAUGUAAGGAGUGAGCACACUCAACACACGGAACUGCAUAUUUUUUCCGAUGCAUCUCAAGAUGCAUACGGCUCUUGUGCUUACAUUAGAAGCUACGAUGACCUAUCCGAAGUUACGGUGAAGCUACUCUGUGCUAAAAGUAAGGUAGCUCCCUUAAAAGGUUUAAGUAUACCACGAUUAGAGUUAUGCGGGGCGUUAGUAGGUGCGAGAUUAUGUCAUAAAAUUGUAAACGUUCUAAGGUUGAAAUUCGACCGCAUUUAUUGUUGGACCGAUUCUACUAUCGUAAUUGGUUGGUUGCGAAUGUCUCCACACUUAUUAAAACAAUUCGUACAAAAUAGGGUGAAUGAAAUAAAUGAGCUUACUGGAGAUCUGACCUGGUUACAUGUGAAUGGACUACAGAAUCCCGCAGACCUAUUGAGUAGAGGUCUAAAUCUAAGCGAGCUUAGUCAGUCUAGUAGAUGGUGGCAUGGUCCCUUAUUUUUAAAGGAAAAUAAUUUAAAUUUCAGCCAACACUUGCCUAAUGAGCUUCCUGAGUUACCAGAAUUGAAAACGCAAACUACGUCAUUAAUUUGUACAGUAGAUAAUGUGUUUGACUUUGAAAGAUAUUCAACUUUGAAUCGAAUGAAACGUGUUGUAGCAUAUGUACUUAGAUUUAUUAGCAACACUCGGCCGCAGCGCGGACAAAAGACGACCGGCCCGUUAUCAGUAGAUGAGAUAACGGCGGCUGAGCGCGCGCUAAUUAUUAUCGCUCAAAAACAGAUGUUUCCGGAAGAAUAUCAUAACUUAGAAAACAAUUUACCUAUUUCAAAUAAAAAAGGUUAUUCUAUAACGGGACUUAACGUAUUUUUGGAUAAGUUUAAGAUAAUUAGAGUAGGCGGCAGAUUGUCGAAUGCCACUGAAUUCGAUUAUAAUAAAAAGCAUCCAGUAUUAUUGUGUAGUAAACAUCGGUUUACGCUUCUGCUAGUGAGAGACGAACAUAUACGUUUACUUCAUGCGGGGCCUCAGCUGUUGCUAGCGACCGUGCGUGAGUGCUACUGGCCGCUCGGGGGUAGGAACCUGGCGAGGCAGGUGGUGCGGCGAUGCGUCAUAUGCUCUCGUCUGAAAGGUAACACGCUGACUCCCAUCAUGGGAGACCUACCUUCUGAACGUCUUCACCCGGGUUAUCCGUUUAUGUACUGUGGUGUUGAUUACGCAGGGCCAGUAUCAAUAUUAAACCGUAAGGGCCGCGGUGGGUCUCUGGUAAAAGGUUACAUUUGUUUGUUCGUGUGCUUUGUAACUCGUGCCAUCCACUUGGAGUUAGUCAGUGGUCUCUCAACUAAAGACUAUAUUUUAGCGCUGAAAAGGUUCUAUAGUCGCAGAGGUAAACCAAAAUCAAUCUUUUCCGAUAAUGCGGGAAAUUUUACUGGUGUAGAAAAAGAGAUUUCAUUAGCUAUAAAAAAUAAUUCUCAAGAAAUUAUUGAUUUUGCAGCCAAUGAACAAAUUCAAUUUAGAUUCAUUGUCCCACGUAGUCCUCAUAGCGGGGGUUUAUGGGAAUCAGGAGUCAAAUCGUGUAAGCAUCACCUUCGUAGAAUAACCGGUGAUUCUAAGUUGACCUUCGAAGAAUUUACGACAGUAUUGUCAUUAAUAGAAGCAGUAUUAAAUAGUCGUCCACUAUCCCCACUGUCCGCUGAUCCUAAUGACCUUCUCCCCCUUACCCCAGCCCAUUUCCUCAUAGGAAGGCCUCUGACCGCACCUGCCAGCGCUGACCUGACGGGCGCUGCCCCUCACCGCCUGCUACGCUACGACCGAGUCGAGCAGAUGCGACAGCAUUUCUGGAGACGCUGGAGCAAGGAGUACGUCUCAGAGCUUCAGUUCCGCAGCAAAUGGAAGACGAGGGAACAGGACCUGCAGACCGACAUGAUGGUACUGAUCAAGGAGGACAAUACCCCUCCCCUGAGAUGGCGGCUGGGGCGAAUAGUGCGGACCUACCCAGGCAAGGACGGCGUCUCUCGCGUAGCCGACAUACGGACGGCGCGCGGGAUCAUUCAGAGGACGUUCGCCAAGAUCUGUCCACUUCCGAUGCAAGCUGAUGAAGACACCAGCGGUGGCGCAGACUCGACGACCUCAACCGUGACUCCGAGACAUGGCUGA